UUGAAUUUUUAAUGAGAGGUAUAUGGAAAGUUUCUAUGUUCGCUUGAGAAAAAUGGCCGAAUCCAAAGGAUCUGCCAAGCCGCUGGUAAAAAGCGAACAAUAUUUCCUUAACUCAAGGAAGAUUGAUUUGAACCUAAACUCUAUGAAUGAGAGUUAUAAAAAAGCACAAGAAGACCCAUCAUUGUUCUUUACCGAUGGAAAGAGAAGAAUCGAUCUGGUCCUCGCCUUUCACGAUAUUUACGACGAACAUCAUGAAAAAAGAGAAUUUUAUAGAGAUACUUUUAUUAAGAAUAUUAUGAAUGCUGGUUUGCACGUAGAGUUGGAAAACAAGUUGGUUGCCUUUGACAACAAAACGUCGUUUCUCAAAAUCCAUGGCCCAGAGGAUGUAUUGGAUCGAAACGGAAAAAUAUUGAAUCUCAAGCCCCCCAUCAAAAGUUUCAUUGUCACGCAUUACGCAAAAGAUCGGGCUUUCAAAGCCAUGCCUGACAAAUGUUUCAAAACCAAUGAGUUCAGCAAUUGGUUCAAAUGUGACUCGAUACCGACUGAGCCCAAUAUUUUUCAUCCCGGCUUCUUUCCGGACAUUUUGGACAAAUAUGUGCUUAAAGAGAGAUCAAAUAGGUGGUCUCAAAUUCAACGGACCCAAUUGGUUUGGCAAAUUCUCAACAGGAUGUCUUUUGACGACUCAGCCAGAGACAGAGCUGGCAUCCAACGUUUGAUCGGAAAAAAUGUUUUCUCUGCGGCAUAUGGGUUGCACGAUGGAGAUUAUGAUUACAAAAACAAAAGAAACAACAUUCUAUUCAUGAAUGAAAGAAUGAUACUUUAUGAUCAGUGGGCAACUUUAAAGAAUUGGUACAAGAAACAACCUCUUUGGCUAAUCAAGAAAUAUUUUGGUGUGAAAAUUGGCCUUUACUUUGCCUGGCUGGGAUUCUAUACCAAAGCUCUCAUCGUACCAGCCAUCGUUGGUUUGGUUUGCUUCGCAUUCGGUAUUUUGACCAUAGAUACGAAGCUGAAUCAAGCAAGCGAAGAUAUCUGUAAUGAAGACACUAUUGGCAAUUCCGUCAUGUGUCCUCAAUGUGACAAUCAUUGUCCAUAUUGGAACCUGAAGAAUUCCUGCUUCCUUUCCAAAGUCACUUACGUUUUCGACAAUAACGCCACGGUGUUUUUCUCCAUUUUCAUGUCAUUCUGGGCAACAACCUAUUUGGAACUGUGGAAACGUCAGCAAGCCAUUCUUCAAUGGGAGUGGGACCUCAAAUCGGAGGAGGAAAUGGAUGACACAUUGAGGCCUGAAUUCAUACAUCGAGUUAAAACUACACGAAAUCAAAAGCAUGAACCAUAUGUGUCCACAAAAGAAAAGGCUAUGAGGAUUGGAUUAUCAUCUGCAAUUGUGUUAUUCAUGUUAUGCUGUGUGAUGGGGGCGGUAUCUUCGCUAAUUGUUUUCCGCGUAGUUUUUAUUCGGAUUAUGUAUCAACACACGCAGUACAGCUUAUUCUUCAGCAAAUAUGCAAAACUCAUUGCCACGUCCGUGGCCGCAGUUAUCAACGCAGUGGUCAUUGAGGUUGGCAGUUGGAUAUUUCAAUACGUUGCGAGAAGAAUAACUGACUUGGAACAUCCCCGCACCCAAUCAGAAUACGAAAACAGUUACACUUUCAAAAUGUUCCUUUUCCAAUUCAUCAAUUAUUAUUCAAGCUUAAUUUACACAGCAUUUUUCAAGGGGCGUUUUUUCACUUAUCCCGGAGAUGCCGCUUCAAGACAGAAUAUACUGACACGAUUAAAAACGGAUAUGUGUGAUCCGGCUGGUUGCCUCUUUGAGUUGUGUUUGAUGCUUGCCAUCUACAUGAUUGGUCGUCAGUUAGCCAGUAACACUAUGGAACUUUAUUUUCCAAUCAUGAAGAAUUGGUUUCGCCGUUUAUGGCUGGAGAAAAAAUUGAAAACCAGCCACAAAGACCAGACAAGCUGUCCAGUGAAAUUUAUUAAGCGGUGGGAAAUGGAUUAUCAGCUUCAAGAGAUUGAUCGACUACAUUUGUUUGAUGAAUAUAUAGAGAUAAUCGUUCAGUACGGGUUUGUCACGCUAUUUGUUGCAGCCUUUCCCCUGGCUCCUUUAUUAGCACUUAUCAAUAAUAUUUUCGAAAUACGCCUUGAUGCGUACAAAUACACAACCCAAAUGAGACGCCCACUUGGUCAACACGUUAGGAGCAUUGGAAUAUGGUAUGGGAUCCUCAAAGGCAUGACUUACUUGUCUGUGGUUUUCAAUGCUUUCGUGAUAGCUCUUGCAAGUGACUUCAUUCCACGAAUGGUGUAUAUCUUCGUAUAUUCUCCAAACUGGUCAUUGGAUGGAUAUGUCAACUCUACACUGGCUUCUUUUGACACAAAGGAUUGGGGAUCAGUUGAGGCAAGCGAUUACUUUGGACCUCCAAUUGCAACUAAUCAAAGCAUACAACCGUACGAAACUUGUAGAUAUCGAGCAUACAGAUCACCACCGGGGUCUGAAGAUGAAUAUUCUAUUGACAAAACUUGGCUUCACGUGUUUUCCGCCCGGUUAGGUUUCGUAGCGGUAUUUGAGCACAUGAUACUGGUACUGACAGCUGUUCUGGCUUAUAUGAUCCCAGAAGUUCCCAACAAUCUUCAGACACAAGUAUUACGUGAGCGGCAUCAAGAAAGGGAAAUCGACUUCGACUUGAAUUUAAUGCCUGUUGAAGAAGAAAAAAUCGCACAACAAAUAAAGAGUAAAUCGUUGACCUUAGAAGAGCUGGCUUGCCUGAAAAUGGCGUUACGAGCGGAUUGAGUUUGAAAAUGUUCUAUACUACAAAUCUGACAAUGGAGUAGGCUAACUGAGGGCUGUCACUUAGAAGUCACACGUCUUGUCGAGCAUCGGACUGAUUGAUCAAGGCCAUCGAUUCCGGGGAC